CGAAGGUGCUUCAUUUGUACACAGCAUUGCUGACGACUGCUUUUCUUGGAACCUGCAACUCGGUUCCAUUCUUAACUCCAAGAACAAUCUUUCUUUUACAACUACAGCAAUACUUAAGUUCAUUUUGUGUGGUUGUUAAUGCUUUGGGUCCAUUUAAGGAAUCAAUGGAAUAAAUAUUUAAUGUUCUUCUGCUGCUACCUUUCUGAGGCACCUUGUCCUAUUUAAGGAACUGCUUGGCAGGAAAGAAAAUGGAUGUGACCAGUUUUUUACAGGCAAAGUUAAAUGGAUGAUAUUACAGUCUUAAAUUUCUGCUUUCUGGAAUCAUGACAGAUAAAGAACCCAAGAUUGUACUUGAAGACAACAAUUCUGAAAGUGAAAGUCAAGCAAUGUCUACCAAUUUGAAAUACGUCUCCUUGGGGAUCUUGGUCUUUCAGACCACUAGUUUGGUCUUGACUAUGCGUUAUUCUCGGACAUUGAAAGAAGAAGGACCUCGCUACUUAUCCUCCACUGCUGUAGUUAUUGCUGAGCUGCUGAAGAUUAUGGCCUGUAUUUUACUUGUCUACAAAGAUAGCAAGUGCAAUUUUCGGACACUGAACAGAGUACUACAUGAUGAAAUCCUUAACAAGCCAAUGGAAACACUUAAACUUGCUAUCCCAUCAGGAAUUUAUACCCUCCAGAAUAACUUGCUUUAUGUAGCACUGUCAAAUCUAGAUGCAGCCACUUAUCAGGUUACAUAUCAAUUGAAAAUUCUUACCACAGCUUUAUUUUCUGUGUCCAUGUUAAGUAAGAAAUUAGGUGUAUACCAGUGGCUUUCUUUAGUGAUUUUGAUGACAGGAGUUGCACUUGUCCAGUGGCCCUCAGAUUCUCAAACAUUAACUGCUAAGGAGCUUUCUGCAGGGUCUCAGUUUGUAGGCCUCAUGGCAGUUCUUAUAGCCUGCUUUUCCAGUGGAUUUGCUGGGGUUUAUUUUGAGAAAAUUUUAAAAGAAACCAAACAGUCUGUGUGGAUCAGAAACAUCCAACUUGGAUUUUUUGGUAGCAUAUUUGGAUUGAUGGGUGUGUACAUUUAUGAUGGAGAACUUAUUUCAAAGAAUGGAUUUUUUCAAGGGUAUAACAAACUUACCUGGACAGUUGUAGUUCUACAGGCACUUGGGGGCCUUGUGAUUGCUGCUGUCAUAAAAUAUGCAGACAAUAUUUUAAAAGGAUUUGCAACUUCUUUGUCUAUUAUCUUGUCAACAUUGAUCUCCUAUUUCUGGUUGCAAGAUUUUGUCCCUACUAGUGUCUUUUUCUUUGGAGCCAUUCUUGUAAUAGCAGCUACCUUCCUAUAUGGUUAUGAUCCAAAACCUGCAGGAAAUCCUAUUAAGGCAUAACAGACUUCCUUAUCCACCUGUUUCUCAAAACUGUGCAUUAAGGACCUCAAAAAGAAAUUUGCAUAUGGGUGAUGGUAUCAAGCACUGGAAGGAGAGGAUUAUCACGCUGAAGCUGAGCAAGAACUAAUUAUUGCUAAUUACUGGUUUUGGACAACCAAAGGGAUUAAACAGAGAAAAAUGUAUGUACUUCUGAUGAAAGAAUGAAGGGGGAACUUCUAAGUGCAACUUGGUAAUACAAACUUGAAAGGAACAAAACGUUUCCAAGCAGCUGCAAUUAGGAAUGUUUACAACUUGAACUUGUGGUUAAACAGAAGAUUUUACUGUUUUGACUGCUGCGGAACUGUCCUAUGCACUCUUUGCAAGAGCACAUGACAAUAUUGUCAGAUUGUUUUUGCAAAUUGACUCUAUUUAAACUUAGUAAAUAUGUUUUUAACUGUUCUGUCCUUGGACUUUGAAUUGAACACAAUUCAUAGUUCUAAAGUACUGGUUCUAAUUAGGUAUUCCUUAUGAAAGCUGUGACAACUGAAGUAUGAUUGAAACACAUUUUUACGUAUUAAAGAGUUUUAUAUUUAUAGAGGGCUGAUUUAAUAAAAGGAAAUCUGGAUUCUAUUGCUCUAUAUAUUGCUGUAUAAACGUUUUUGGAAUUAUUUUAAUGUUCUUACUUUAAGUGCACAAAAGGAGAAAUUAAGCAUGAAGGCUAGGAAUUUGUGCUGACAUUCCAACCUGACCAAUGGUGACCAUUGGUGUUACAAGGCUGUACCAGCUCUAUAUAGAGCAUGUACCAGAAGGUCCUGCAAUAUCCUGGAACAUUUGCAUUGGUGUUAAAGAUGGAGUGUUUGCUUGGAUAAUGUUCAUUCCUUUAGUUUUAUUGAUCUAAAUCAAUUCAAAGUAGGUUUUGUUUAUAGUUUAAAUGUCCUUUGGGGAUUGUUUUAAUUUUAAUGUUAAGGAGGAAACUAAACAAAUGCAUUGUUACUGUCUGGAAUAACUCUUUUUGGAGCCAUUAUGGUAUAUCAUGUGUAUACUGUACUGUACCUUAUAUUACCAAGUUGUUGGGUUUUUUUAAUGAGUGUAUUUACUCACAUGAGCUCUUGCAAAGCUGUUUCAGUACAUUUUGUAUACAAUGGCUUGCUUAGAGAUUUUUUUUCAGGAGUUGCUGAGCCAGUUGAACCAGAAUGGCUCCUUUAGAGUUGUUCAAUAUAGUGUUUGAAUUAGAUAAUUUAGUAAACAUGCAGGUUAUAGUAAACUAUAAAAUAAUGGGGAACAUUUAUUGUGCAAUAGAUGGAUGUAAAGAUGUAUUGUUCUUUUUCACCCCACCCAAAAAUACUAAAAGCAGCUAGAUCCUGCUAAUUAUACAUCUUGCUAAAUAAUGUACACAAGUGAUGUCAAAACACAAAAAACUUGCCUAAAAAAACCCUUUCAUUCCAUUCACUUUUCCCUGAAACUGGCUUGAAAAGUAAGUAUUCUCAUGAGUUUUACACAACAGGUAUUAACAUGGAGUGACUUCUGACCUGUGGUUACACUUGUGGAAGUAGCAGCUGAUAAAAGUGAAAUGUUAAUGAUACCUUACCUGUAGAAUCGCAAAUGAUAAAAGUAUUUAAUGUCUCACUA